CUCCAAGCGACUUCUCUCUCUCUCUUUCUCUCUUUUUCUCUCUCUGUCUCCCUCUGUUUUCGUUUUCAUUCACUGUUUUCACAAACACUUGUACCAAAACACAUAACAAAUGGCGCCGAGAGACAAACCUACCGGCGUAACCGCCGGCCCUACCGGAAACAAGGAGAUCCGCUACAGAGGCGUGCGCAAGAGGCCGUGGGGUAGGUACGCCGCUGAAAUACGCGAUCCCGGCAAGAAGAGCCGCGUCUGGCUAGGCACCUUUGAUACGGCCGAGGAGGCCGCGCGUGCCUACGAUGCAGCGGCAAGGGAGUUUCGUGGAGCCAAGGCAAAGACUAACUUCCCUUCGCCUACCGACCUUGUGGCAGCUGCCGCGACUACUGCUAACCGGAGCCCUAGCCAGAGCAGCACCGUGGAGUCCUCCAGCCGCGAGGCGCUGUCUCCGGGUGCGAUCGCCGGUCCUCCGGCUCUAGAUCUCAAUCUGUCUCACCCCGCCGCCGCCGGCCAAUUUUCCGCAGUUCGUUACCCUGCGGUUGGUGUUUUUCCUAUUGCGCAGCCGUUGUUCUUCUUCGAGCCAUUUUCCCGUCCAGAGAAGCCGAAGACCCACCGCGAUAUGUUCGAUUUAGAUCGAGCGGUUGCCGAUUUUCACCCUGCGAUUGCCGGUAGCGUUCACAGCGACUCCGACUCAUCCUCCGUGGUUGAUUUCAAUUACCAUGACCGCAGUACCAGGCUGCUCAAUCUCGAUCUCAACCAUCCUCCAGCGGAAGUCGCUUGAUUUCAUCACUUUUACACCGUCCACGGCGACGAUAAUCGGAUCUCUAAAAUUUUCUUUUCCAUUUGAAUUGAAUUUCUCCUUUCCUUUAUUGCGUCUCGAAUCGAAACAGAUGACGAAGCAAUCUAGAGAGAAAGCAGCAGCCACGUUAGUAUUGAUGUGCUGAUCGAUGACUAUUCGAUGUAUAUACAUAACCGACCUCCUUUUUGCAACUGAGAAACUAGAUUUUCUUAAUGUUGUUCCCUCCCUAUUUACUAUGUAUGCAAGCUUCAUAGUUUUUCAAUUAAAUUUUGCAGAUCAGUUAAUUUUC